AGGGAGGGUAGGAAAGGGACCCAAUGAGAGGAGGCUUGUCUCUUCCUCUAGCCUUCUUCCUCUAAAACCCCACCCCCUCCUCCCUCCUCUUGAACCCUUUCUUCCUCCUCCUCACCCCUCUCCCCCACACCACCAAGCUCCAAUUCCCCACAUCUUCCUCUCUCUCUCUCUAUCUCUAACCUCUACUACCAUAGGAUCAACCAUCUUCUCUCUCUCUCUCUCUCUGUAUCUCUCUCCUCACCUAGAAUUAGCAUUGCUGCUCUGCUCAUCUAUCUCCAAUCCCAAGAGGUUUCUCAAUUCAGCUCAGAGAAUUCUUCUCCCAGCUGCAGCUCUGCCUCUGCUCUGCUCUGCUUCUUGACCUCUUCUUGCUCAGAGGAGUACAGCUUCAAAGGCAGGGCCUUUUCGAUUCCCCAAUCUUUUUUUCUUCAAGGUGUUCUUGGAGGUUUUUCUCUUAGCCUUUUGGAGUCCCCAAGGUAGCAGCUUGAAGUGAGGUUGGAAAACUUGGAAUACCUUUUUUUCAUCUUGUCGGGAGCAGCAGAAAGUUUCAGUGGCGAGGAAAAUUUUCCAUUUUGAUUGGUUCAGUGUUUGGACAUUUUCUUGCUUCUCUUGUGUGGAAUUCUUGGGAGCUGAUCGGUGGUGGUGGGAGAGGCCAUUGCAAUGUCGUCUUCUUGCAUACCGACCGGCCUGAGGCUGGACCUGGACAUGGUGAAGGCGGCGACGUCGCCGGGGGCGCACUCGUCGCCGCUGCGGCCGGCGCACUCGUCGCCGUCGUCGACGCUGUCGGAGGCGUCGAACUCGUCGUCGUCGGCGACGUCGGUGUCGCUGAAGCGCGCGAGGGCGCCGCGGAAGCGGCCGAACCAGGCGUACAACGAGGCGGCGGCGCUGCUGGCGUCCAUCCACCCGUCGGUCUUCCCCGUCAAGAAGAGCCCCAAGACGGCGUCGCGCCCGCCGACGAGGCAGCUCUCUGGGUUGUCGGCAGUGUUCGACCCCUCCUCCGACCUCCUCCCGCCGCUCCCGGUCCUCGCCGACGCCGCAUUCCUCCUCCGCGACGCGCCGUCGCCGUUGCCGCAGCCGCAGAGCCCGUCCGGCGGCGGCAAGAACUGCUCGUCGCCGGCGCCGGUGAGCAGCGCGUUCCGGGAGUUCCGUGACCCGGCGCCGUCGCCGGCGAGCCCCGACACCACCGACGAGCCCGGCGAGCUCGACUUCGACGACGACUGCUUCGACGCCGACUCCAUUCUCGACGUGGACGAGGCUGCGGCCGACGGCGCAGCCGAGGGGAUCGACGGCAUCAUGGGCAGCCUCACGGUGGAGACCAACACGACCUCCACAACGUCCGACGACUCCAUCCUCUCGAGCUCCGGCAUACACCCCUACCUCAGGAGCCUCAUGGUGGUCGGCCUCGCCGGCCGGUUCGAGCUCGGCCUUGGGUCCCGGCACGGCUCGCGGCCCAACCUGAACCGCGCGCUCAAGCGGCGGGACGACGACGGCGCGUGGUGGAUGUGGCCGGCCGUGCCAGUCAAAGACAUCACCGCCACGCCGCCGCCGGCAGCGUCGAACACCGCAAUGCCGUCAGCACCAGCAGCGCCGGAGAAGAAGAAGAGCAAGAAGAAGAAGGUGGUCAAGGUGGAGAAGGUGAUGGCGAGGGAGAAGGAGGAGUCACCCAAUGCGAAAUGCAAGGAGGAAGCAGACGGGACAGUGGACGCCGGCAAUGGCGGCGACGGCGGCGACGCGGACAGCCUGCCAACGAAGGCACCCAAGACCGGGUUGGGGCUGAAGCUGGACACCGACGACGUGCUCAAGGCGUGGUCCGGCAAGGGGUCGAUGUUCGCCGACGGCGGCGCGCCGGAGUCGCCCAAGUCGGCCGCCGAAGUGCGGGCAAAACUUGCAGACAUUGACCUGUUCCCUGAGAAUGGAUCUGGUGCUGGUGGCAUCAGGGAAGCCAGUGUCAUGAGGUACAAGGAGAAGCGGCGCACCCGGCUGUUCUCCAAGAAGAUCCGGUACCAAGUCCGGAAGGUGAACGCCGACUGCCGGCCUCGGAUGAAGGGAAGGUUUGUUAGGAGCCCAUCUCUUCUUCAGCAAGUCCUGGAGGAAGAGAGCUAGACAGACAGACAGUGAUACUUGCUAGCCUUUUUAUGAACACCUUUUUUUUGGCCUUUUAGUUCCUCAUUAGCUAAGAGAUGUGAGUGAGAGUGUUUUUUUUGCUCUUGUUGGAGUUUUGCUUUGGGGGGAGAUAGAGAUGAUGCCUUUAGAGUGAGUUGUGAUGGGGGAUCACAUAGUUUGUCUCAAGUUUACAAUGUGAGGUACAAAGGAAGGAAAUAAAGUGAUGUUAGAAUA